AUGGCUCAUCAAAGCCCACCAGGCAUGCUGGUGCCAGUCCGCUUCAAGCCUACAUGUACGCAUCUUACCAUGACGCGGCUUCACGGCUUUGAGUUUUUGUGUGAUGCGUGCCGUCGCCCAGGCCCCUUUGGCUGGGUGUAUUGCUGCACGCAAGAUCGCGAGGUGAUGAUUGAGAGCGCAGUGGCCGCUGGUUGUCCACAAUAUUUUGACGAUCUGGGGGAAUAUUGGUCCUCAAAGUUACGCAUCAGAACGGGGAGCGCAGAAGCCAGAGCAGACCCUCUCAGCCUCUUCGACGAACUCACACCAGAGCAGAUGUCGCAAUAUCGUCCGGAUCAAAUACAAACCCUUCUACGACAACGGGAGUCUGUGAACACGAUUUUUCUGGGAACUGAGAAUCCUCGACCCUGGGUUCCCAGUUUAGAGAACGAAUGUCGAUAUAUGGUCUGCCCUUUGUGCCGACCUUCGGUAGCUGACAGAUCCUUUCUGAGCCUUGAUAGUGUGGCCAAGAAUGAGGUUCAGCCUACAGCUGCUGUCGGAUUUGGGUUUCAUGGAUUGGGUGAACGGCCCGUCAUGAACGUUGAGAUUCUCAGGUCAAUCGGCUGCCGCCCACCCUCUUUGACUCGAAGCCAUCGCGAUGGGAGCACCGAUUACUCCUUGCUGGAGUCCGACAUCAGCCUCAUAGAGCUCCUCGAGAAGCAAAUUUCCAGCAGUCAACAGUAUUCCUCUGGCAGCGGAGUCGGCUUUCGGACAAGCCUUGAACUUGGUGGCAGCUUCUCUCUCUCCCAGGUAGCAGACGCUGCUCCCAAAACCCUCAAGCAUUCACCAGGCUACGACAAUCUGUCCGCGGUCUUCACAAACACAACAUCGGAAACCCAAACGUCGCCCCAAGCACGAACUGCCUGUACGCCCCCGCCUUCUCCCAGCCCGUACGGGUUGACAAACGCCUCUGAAACAUAUUCCCUUGGGUUCGCCGAAGAGCCAAGCAUCACUGAUGGUCGAAGGUUCGUGCCCCUUUUAAAAAGUAUGCAAGAAGUUCGAUUGCUGAAUGACAGAAGUUCCCUCUCGAUGAAAACCAAUCAACUCGCGCGGCAGCAACUGGUCCACUCUCUUCCCUUGAUCGAAACACAAUGUCAGCUCGCUGAUCUCGGCAACAAUAUCCUAGACGAAGAGGAUCCGUACGAUUCAGACAAUGAGGGCGAUGCAGGGCCAGCUUACCAGUGCAAUGGGGCUUCUAGAAUGGCAUGCAACACUCCAUUACAAAUGCCAGCUAUUACAGAAGAGAUUCGCGUUUACGCCCCAGAGAGUCUGGUCGCAAGCUCUGCAGAGGGUGAAAGCAGUUUGACAACUGAAUACGGCGUUGCGGUCUUGGAGGAGAGCACCGAGCUCGGCAUCCCGGACGUGAUUACCCAGGUAUAA